UUUUCUCAAGCCUUCGUCUCUUCUCUAGUUCUCUUCCAUUCAAACACACUGAACACAAACCCUAACCCUGUGCCAUGGACGCUCUCGAAUCGAACCCUAAUCCUCCACCAUUCCUUUCAUCUGAAACAGUAGCUUCGGACGAUCAUAACCCCACAUGGACAGAAGCUAGGCCUGCGGAAAGAUUUGCAUCGGAUUUCCUGAAGCCAUAUGAGCAACCUGCGAAUUUCGAUUUUCGGAUUUCUUCGAAUACCCUGGCUUCGGAUGGCCAGAACAUUAAUGGUCAACCACAAUCUGCUUCUGGGAAUGGCCGCGAUAGUAAUUCGGAGCCUUUGAGUAUAAUUUAUGAAAGUGCCAGGACCAGCAAUACCAAGAGUGGCACCGACAGGGAUCACUCUGGUGGGGAAGAGGAAACUACAAGCAAAAGUCGUCGCCGGAGUCGGUGGGAUCCGCAACCUGAUUCCAAUGACCAGAGUGGCGGUGAAGCAGGUAGCAGAACGAAGAAGAGAAAGUCACGUUGGGCUGAUGAUGAGCCGAAGCCGGUGAUUCAGCUUCCCGAUUUCAUGGGGGGUAUUGAGUUUGAUCCCGAAAUUCAAGCUUUGAAUAGUAGACUUCUUGAGAUUAGUCGAAUGCUGCAAUCUGGUCUUCCUUUAGACGAUCGCCCUGAAGGUGCUAGAUCUCCUUCACCUGAACCUAUAUAUGAUAACAUGGGAAUUAGAAUCAACACUAGAGAAUAUCGUGCUCGUGAAAGAUUGCAAAAGGAGAGGCAAGAAAUCAUUUCUCAGAUUAUCAAGAAAAACCCUGCAUUCAAGCCUCCCGCCGACUAUAGGCCGCCGAAGCUUCAGAAGAAGCUAUAUAUUCCAAUGAAAGAAUUUCCUGGUUACAAUUUUAUAGGGCUUAUUAUUGGUCCUCGAGGCAACACACAGAAGCGGAUGGAAAGAGAAACUGGUGCUAAAAUUGUGAUCCGGGGUAAAGGGUCAGUAAAAGAGGGUAGAAUGCAACAGAAGAGGGAUUUAAAACCUGACCCUUCAGAGAAUGAAGAUCUGCAUGUCCUUGUGGAGGCAGAAACACAAGAAUCACUUGAUGCUGCCGCAGGUAUGGUGGAGAAGCUCUUGCAGCCUGUGGAUGAGGUGUUGAAUGAGCAUAAAAGGCAACAGCUUAGGGAACUUGCAGCCUUGAAUGGUACAAUUAGGGAUGAAGAAUAUUGCCGGCUGUGUGGUGAGCCUGGCCAUCGCCAAUAUGCAUGUCCCACACGCACUUCUACAUUUAAGAGUGAAGUGGUAUGUAAGCACUGUGGUGAUGGUGGUCACCCAAGCAUAGAUUGUCCAGUGAAAGGAGGCACUGGCAAGAAGAUGGAUGACGAGUAUCAAAACUUCUUGGCAGAGCUGGGAGGGACAGUGCCAGAAUCAGCAAUAAAGCAGAACAACACGCUGGCAAUUGGUUCAGGCAAUUCUGGAAGCAAUCCUCCUUGGGCUAACAAUUCUGGAUCUACUGGUGGCACAUCUCAAGCUGGCUUAGGGGCUAAUCCAGUUAAAAAGGAGAUUGAUGAUACAAAUUUGUAUAUUGGGUAUUUACCUCCCACUCUUGAAGAUGAUGGUCUGAUCCAAUUGUUUCAACAAUUUGGUGAGAUUGUUAUGGCAAAAGUCAUAAAAGACCGGAUGACUGGGUUGAGUAAAGGAUAUGGGUUUGUCAAGUUUGCUGAUGUCCAAAUGGCGAAUAAUGCAAUUAUGGCCAUGAAUGGCUAUCGCCUGGAGGGCAGAACUAUUGCAGUGAGAGUUGCUGGUAAGCCUCCUCAGCCUACUGUGCAUCCGGGCCCGCCAGCAUCAGCCAUGCCCACAUAUCCUGUUUCAAGCCAGCCAGUUGGUGCCUAUCCAUCCCAACAAUAUGCUGCUGGUGGUCCUCUUGGUACUGCACCCCCUGGAAGUUAUGUCGGUGCCCUAGUUCCAUGGGGACCUCCCGUUCCUCCACCAUAUGCUCCUUAUGCUCCUCCCCCACCUGGAUCAACUAGGUACCCUCCUAUUCAAGGUCAAUCUAUGCCUCCAUACGGUGUUCAGUAUCCUGCAGUCCAGACAGCCCCUCCAGGUGCCCCAUCCCAGCCUACGACUUCUGGCGAAUCACAACAAAGUUUUCCUCCAGGAGUGCAGUCUGACAGUAGCACCUCUACUCAAUCUACAUCAGCAAAUAUGUUUGGGAGUUCAAUGCCUGCUAUGCCACCAACUGCUCAACCUACAUAUGCUACAUCUUAUGGUUAUCCACCUUACUAUGGUGCAGUGCCCCCUCCACCUCCCGCACCUAUCCCAACUUCAGACCAUAUGCCUUGGGCUACCAAUCCUACAGUGCCGCCUCCUGCAUCAACUGCAGAGAAGACACCAUAUGGUGCAGAUCAAUCUCAGAGCAUAGGAAAUGUGCCUUGGGCGACAAAUCCUCCAAUGCGACCCCCUGCUUCAACUGCAGAGAAGACAACAUAUGGUGCAGAUUCAGAGUAUGAGAAGUUCAUGGCAGAGAUGAAAUGAUCUGGUUGGCGUGAAGUCAUCUUCAGGUUUUGAAAGGCUUGAUGUUUCUUGGAGCUCUUCUGAACCUGAUUUCUUAACCUCUUGCUAUGACUUUCUUGGAAGUUUGGGACUCACUUCUUUAACCUUGCUGUGAUCUUAUGGCAUUUGCAGAGAUUUUGCCUAAAAGUUCAGGAGUCUUCAUGCAGGAGAGACAAUAUCAAUGGCUUUUUGUUAUUAUGAUUAUUUAUUGUCUUUGCUUACCUUGUUGGACUCACGCAUUCUUAUUUUCCUUUAUGUUGCUUAUUGAUUCAUACUAGAAUGUUUGGUUGCUAAAAGUAGAUACAUUUCUCGUUUGAAUCAUUUUAGUUUAUUAAAAAUGUAUUCUAACUUAUUUGUAAUUUAUAUUGCAAGUGUCUUUGUUUUGAUGGUUUUAGUUCUUUUUAAUUGCCAGGUGCUGACACUGCCUUGUAGGUGGUGUUAGUAAUAUGAUCCCAAAGAUGACCCUGCUUUUUCAUUUGGACAUUUGGGAUUUGUGGAUAGAUGCCUUUCUAAAGAUAACUUCAUCCAUUUGCCAAAUAUGCUGUUACUAACAGUUCUAGCAUGAUCAGUAAAGAAAAUUCCAUUCUAUCAUGUUAAAUGUCAGAUUGUGGCACACAUGCAUAUUUUUCCUUACUUAAAUUCAGCUGACAUGAUGUUAUGAUCAUCAAAUUCUUGGAUGAUACAGGAAAAUAUCAGGUGAUGGCAUUUGUUUCUGAAGUGAUUUCUUGUCAUUGGCAUAAGUUGAAGGGUGAGGCCAAUAUUAUUAUUGAUAGCUUUCUUUGACUUGUCUUCACACACAAGGUUACCCUGUAAUGCUGGCCAAAGAUAGGAAAUGAAUGAUUAAAGAAUUCGAGUCUUGGGAGUCUUUUUUAAUAUCCUGAAGGAUGUCUGCUCAUAUGGAUUCAAACUUUUGGGUUUCACUGUGGUUCGUGAUAUCUUAGGUUUCCUCACUGGUCUUUAUAUGCUGGAGCCAUGUUAGCACACUUGUGUGUUUGGUAGAGAAGUGCUUGCUAGCUAUAUUGAAUUUAUUUCUUUAUUUGAACUGCUGAGCCUUCUAAAAGUAGUGCCAUGCUUGGCCUAUGAUAGUUGUCUUGAAGCAAUAAAUGGGUAUACUGUGUCCUUGCUUUUACUAUGUCUUGGAACUUAAUUUCUCAUUAGAAUCUUUAGGACCAGUAGAUUCUUAAGGUGGACUAUUUUGACUUAUGAAGUGUUUGCUCUUUCUCAAGGUUUUAGACUAUAGCAUGUUGAGAACUGUCACAAAAAGUUUUGCUAUAUCGGGGAAACAGUUACUUAUAGACAUAGAAGUCUCUUGUAUUGCUUCAUCUUAUGAUCUGCUAACAUAGUAGUUAUCUAUCACAGUUUAUGAUUUUCCAUGGAUGUGUUCGUAAAAUUUUUCAUGGAAUGCCAUGUACUUUCAUGCUUGGGUCCAUGUAUGUGUAAGCUAGGAAGCACUAACUGAUGAUGUAAUGUGUUUGAUCUAACUUGUCUAUAUUUGUGGGAUGAAUGGGAUAUGUAUGGUCUUGAGCAUUCUUAUGUGCAUCGUUUGUUCAAUGUGUGUCUUGUCAUUUUUGAUGAAGCCAUAUUCACAAUUUAAAAGGAAAGAAAUUUCAUUUUGGCAAUAUAAUCAUUGUAGUUAAUGGAACAAUAAAGCAUGUUAUUCUGCCAUAUUCCAUUGCAACGGAUUGUACCUGGAUCCCACCACCUGGUAAUACCAUUCAAUUGGACAUGGAUCCUUCAAUUAACCUUUGGCACCGUGCUGCCUGUGGUGGGCUUCUUCGAGACUCAAAUGGCAACUGGAUUUGUGGGUUCAAACAGGACUUUGGGAGACAUUCUGGUUGUACUUGCAGAACUAUUGGCCAUUAAGAAGGAUUAGAGGCGUGUCAACAACUAGGCUUCCAAAGGUUUCUUCUUUACUCUGAUUCCUUGGAUGCCAUUAACAUGAUUUUGCGAGAUUAUGCAGCUGAUCACGCUUGGAAAGAAGAAAUUAAUGCUACACGAGACCUCAUUUAGUGUCUUGAAGGUGGAGAUGCGCCAUACUUAUAGGGAAGUUCUUCAAUGUGCUUAUCACCUUGCUAGAGAUAGUCUUGGAUCUGGUCUUGGGAUAAAAUUUGUCCAUGUAAUUCCUAAUGACUUAACACUAUGUUGUGCGAAGAUAGGUCCAUAGUUACAUAAGUUGUGUUUUUCUUGUACUGCAACUUUCAAGCCUUAGGCUUGCCGUUUCUACUCAAGAAAGAAGAAGAAUCAUUAGAUUCA